AUGCCGGAGCUUCUCGGUCUAAAUGCUCCCAUUCCCUCUGCCGAUGACGCCUUCGAAGGAGAAGUUACCUGUAUCGGCAAGUGGAGAGUUCGAGAUUCUAACCCGAAUUUUUGGUUCCCAGGUUCGAGGUCUAAUAAGGGUGGCUCUGGUGGAUCUUCGUCGAUGAACUCCGAGGAGUAUGGGACGAUGACAACGUGUUUGGAAAGCCAGAUCGGAGAUCACUACACUCCCGACGGAGAUAAAAAAGUGUUGAACCUUUUCAUUUAA